AUGAUUAAAUUUAUAAUAGGAAUAAUAUUUUAUUAUUUAUUGUAUAGUUUUUAUGGGAUUUAUGAACACAUAAAAACGCCAAUAUAUUAUUCAGAGAUUAAAAAUAAAUAUAUAAAUAAUAAAGAUGGGGAUAUAUCAAGUCAAUAUUAUAUGUACAAGCCAUUCAAAAAUGAAAUAAAAAAAAAUGAUAAGCUCGAUUACCAUUUUUAUUUAUCAUUGAUAGAACAUAUCGAUUUAAAUAAGUAUAUAAAUGGAAAACAUAUUAAAAAGGAUAAACACUUUAUCAAUGUAUAUAACCUUAACAAUGUUAAAUAUAGCUGGGAUGAUGUACAAGUCCAAAAAAAUGAUAUAAAUAAAAACAAACAAAACAUAAAAAAAAAUAAAUCUCAAAACAAUAGUAGCUAUAUUAGUGGUAUAUGGCCAUUUUCUUCAGACACAAAAUAUCCAUCAGUCGAUAUUGCAUUACCUAAAUCAUUAAUUAAUAAAAAUAAAAAUAUUUAUUUACAUAUUAUAACAUAUUUAAAUGGGGAAUUGCAUAGACACGGAUGUAUUACCAAAUUGAUAGCAAAAAUUGAGAACUCUCAAUAUGAUUACACCACCAAAAUAAAAAAAAAAAAAAAUUUAUGGAAAUGGCUAGUUGGUGAGGAUAAUACGUCUGAGGAAUUAAAUCAAAAGGAAGAAGAAGACAAAAUCGAUGAUAAUGAAAAAUAUAACAAAGAAUUAUUACAUAUUCCUAACAAAAUUAAGUUUGGACCAAUAAUAGAAUAUAAUGAUAUAAAUAUUAAUAAAAUUAGCAUUUUUUCAAAUAUUUUUUUAGACACAUUAACAGAGAAAUAUUUUCUUCCAACACAUUUUAAUGAUGAUAUAGAAUUUAAUAAUGAAUAUAUAUUUGUAAAUAAUAAUAAAAUUAAUCAAGAAAAAAAUAAAAAUUUAUCACCUUAUAUUAUUAGAGUAGAAUUUGAGCCAAUAAGUUAUAGUCAUUAUAGCUUAUUAAACAUAAUAUUGUUUAAUAUAAAAUAUUUAAAAAAAAAAUACAAGAUUAUUUCUUAUGAUAUUGAUAGUUUGGCUAUAUAUUUAUUUGAAAAUAUUUCCAUAUAUAUUUAUAUAAUAUUAAUCAUUAUUAUUAUAACAAUAAGUAUAAUAAAUAUAAUAAUUUUUUUAUAUGAUAUAAAAAGUUGGAAUAUUUUAAGUUCUUUAUAUUUAUUUUACCCUAAUAUAGUAUUAUUAAAAAUUAUAUCUUCUAUAUUUAUUUUAUUAUAUUUAAAUAAUAAUUAUGAAAAUAAUAAUAGCAAAAUAAUUAUGGUAUUUUAUUUAAUAGACAUUGGAAUGUGUGUGUGGAAAUAUAUCAUCAAAUAUGAAAUCAAAUUGUUAGAAGAGUAUCCACAUAUAAUUAUUAGCAAGGCAAAUAUAAAGGAAAAAGAUGAUACAUUAAAAAAGAUUGAAACUGUUGUAAAAAGAAAAAUUCAAACCAUUAUGAUUUUAAUUAGUCCUUUAAUCUUUAUAUAUAAUAUAUUUUAUAAAAAAUACGAUUCUUUUUAUUCAUUUUUUUUAUUAACAAUUGGAGAAUGCUCAUAUAUAUUUAACUUUAUGUUUAUGUGUCAAAAUAUUAUAGCAAAUUAUAUAACAAAGACAGUUCCACAUUUAUCACUUAUUUAUAUUUUUCCAUUAUUUUUAAAUGUAAUAACGGAUGAUAUAUUUGCACUUUUACUUCGUAUGCCAACUAUACACAAGUUUAAUGCCUUUGCAGACGAUUUUAUUUUUUUUGUUUUUUGUUUCCAAUUAUGUUUAUAUAAAAAAGCGACAAAGAAGAAUCUAGUUGUAGAACAAGUACCAAAUAGUUCGGAGUCUAAAAAGAUCAAAUGA